ACUCUGCUCAUUUCUCUCCAUCCAUCCUUCAAGUUCUCAACUUUUCACUCUCAUGUCUUCCCCCUCUCGUCUCUCCCGGAUUACCAGAUUCUGCACAUAAAUCUGGGAAAAGGGUCUCUGAAUUGAAGCUGUUGAACUGUGUAUAGCAAAGAAGAAGAUCGGAUGGACUUGCCUCCUGGCUUUCGGUUUCACCCAACAGAUGAAGAGCUCAUCACUCAUUAUCUGUUCAAGAAGGCCACUUUCACAAACUUCUCUGCUAUAGCCAUUGGAGAAGUGGAUUUGAACAGGUCUGAGCCUUGGGAUUUGCCACGGAAAGCGAAAAUGGGAGAGAAAGAGUGGUAUUUUUUCUGCGUGAGAGACAGAAAAUACCCAACUGGUUUGAGAACCAACAGAGCUACUGAAGCAGGGUACUGGAAGGCCACAGGGAAAGAUAGAGAGAUUUACAGAGGGAAAUCGCUGGUGGGGAUGAAGAAAACUCUGGUUUUUUACAGAGGAAGAGCACCAAAAGGAGACAAAUCCGAUUGGGUCAUGCAUGAAUUCAGAUUAGAUGGUAAAUUCUCUGUCCACAACCUCGCCAAACCUGCAAAGGUGGAGUGGGUUAUUUGCAGGGUGUUUCGGAAGAACUGUGGCGGCAAGCAAAUCCAUAUGAGGUUUGGAUCCACCGGAAAUGGAUUGGGUUCUUCAGUUUUACCACCUCUCGCGGAUUCUUAUUCUCCUUACGUUGGGAAGACCGAACCCAAGAUGACUGAAUCGGCAUGCGUGUCCUGCUUCUCCAUUGCAAUCGAUGAUCAAAGAAACCAAGGAGGGAUCUUUGAUUCCUUAGGAAACUCCCUUUUGGGGAUUCCUUCAAAUCCUCCAGAAAUCCUGCCAAGAAUCCCUCUUCCUGGAUCAUCCUAUUGUUCUCAACCUUUUCAAGCCCCUUCAAAUUUGCCCAUGUCAGGUCUUGCUUUCUCUGGGCAGGACCAGAACCUCCUGAAGGCUUUUCUUGAAAACCAAGGAUCAAACUUGAGAAAUGGUUUUAACUCCAAGGGAGAACAAAUUGCAACUCUUUCACAAGAAACAGGUCUCAGCCUCACCACUGAUAUGAAUCCUGAAAUCUCUUUUGUGAUAUCAAGUUUUGAUAUGGGUAGGAGGGCUUUUGAGAAUCAUCAGCAAAACCUCUCUGCUUCUUCUGCUGACCCAGUGGACCAUGAUAGCUUGUUGUGGAAACACUAAGACCAAAUGAAGACGAGUGUGAAGUCAAGAUGAACAAGCUAUGGUAUGGAAUAUUGAUGUGGUGGUUAAUUUCUGUGUGUACGAAUAUGGUUUGAUGCGUUUGAUAUUAGUAUAUUUUGGUUAGUUAGGAUUUGCUAGACAAGGAAAGUGAAAGUGGGUUUUGUGUGCAAGUGAUGUGUGAUUCAUUUUGAUGAAUGAUUUCGAGUUUGAAUUUGUCAAACGGAUCAUUGGCUCAUUCAUUCAAUCCACAUUUCCCGCAAA